GUCGUGCGUAACGCGGGGCUUUCCUCAAGUGUGCGCUUUGACGCACCUCUCACAGUCCGCUCCUUCUGCUCCUUCUGCUUCUUCUGCUUCUUCUUCUUACUCCUGCUGCCGCUAGAUUUUCAACCACCAGAAACUUCACUCUGCUUCAUCCAAGUUCCUCCACACCACCCCUGCUCCGGCUGUGAUGGAGGGAAAGGUGGCGAUGGUGGCAAGUUGAGUCCAGGUUCAGCAGAAAAAAAAAAAGAAAGAAAGAAAGAACUCGGUCAGGUGUGAAGAAUUAUUCUGAUUGUCAUCGUCCGGUCGUCAGACAGGAAUGGCUCUGCAGGCUGUCAACACGAGCCAGGUGGAGGGGUCGGGCUGUGGAAACCUCAGCGUGGAAGUUGCUGAUUAUAAUAUCAGCUCCAACAGCAGUUCGGUGAUCCCCAGACCGGCCACCAAAGCAAAAGAGAUGGACGUGUUUCGUAUCCUGCUCUACACACUCAUCUUUCUGCUCAGCGUCUUCGGCAACUUGAUCAUCAUCGUGGUGCUGAUGUUGAACAAGCGCAUGAGGACCGUCACCAACUCCUUCCUGCUGUCGCUGGCGGUCAGCGACCUGAUGAUGGCCCUCUUCUGCAUCCCACUGACACUCAUCCCUAACAUCCUGGGGGACUUCAUCUUCGGAGCUGCCAUGUGCAGGAUCGGCUCCUACUUUAUGGGGAUCUCUGUCAGCAUCUCCACCUUCAGCCUGGUGGCCAUCGCUAUUGAAAGGUACAGUGCCAUCUGUAACCCCCUGAAGUCCCGGGCCUGGCAGACCCGCUCUCACGCCUACCGCGUCAUCGCUGCCACAUGGGCGCUGUCGCUGCUCGUCAUGGUGCCCUACCCCGUGUUCAGUGUCCUCAAGUGUUUCCCCAAGAACAACGGGACGGUCGGCCACAUGUGUCGCAUGCACUGGCCCAGCAACCAGUCAGAGCAGGCCUGGUAUGUGCUGCUGCUGUUCACUCUGUUCUUCAUCCCAGGAGUGGUGAUGAUUAUAGCCUACGGUCUGAUCUCCAGAGAGCUCUUCCGAGGCAUUCAGUUUGAGCUGAGCCAGAACGCAGAGGCCACUGGCCAGCAGAACGGUGUGACUAAGCCUCUCACCGGGACUAAUGAUGACGAUGAUGGCUGCUACAUCCAGGUAUCCAAGAAACCGUCGUCUGCUGUGGAGCUCCCCACCCUCUCAGCCGCAUCCAACGCACACCAGGCUAAGACGGAGCGCGCUCGCAGUAACACGUCUCAGGCCAAACUGCAAGCCAAGAGGAGAGUCAUCCGCAUGCUGAUGGUGAUCGUGGCGCUCUUCUUCAUCUGCUGGAUGCCCAUAUACUUAGUCAACGCCUGGAAGGCCUUCGAUCAGCAGUCGGCGUUCAAAGCGCUGUCAGGAGCGCCCAUCUCCUUCAUUCACCUGCUGUCCUACACCUCAGCCUGCGUCAACCCAAUCAUUUAUUGCUUCAUGAACACACGUUUCCGCAAAGCCCUGUUGUCCACCUUCGCCUGCUGCUGCCGCAAUCGGCUCUGCCGUCGCAGCAGCUGUUGCAGGAGGAAGGAGAGAGGGUUAGAAGAUGGCAUGAUCGCCACCUCCAUGGCCACAUCGAUGGCCACCUCCAUGUCCAAGUUCAGCUACACCACCGUCAGCACCGUGGGCACCUGCUGAGUCUGGAGGCCGGCGCUCACAUCACAGGCAGCGGUUACUCUGCACCAUCUGUUUUUGUCAAUCUCCAGUUUUUCACCCUCCAUUUUAAUAUACUCUGAGUCAUACCCUAAGUAAUAUCCCUGCCCCGGUUUACGAGGCCGCUCUUAGAGGUCUUGUUUAAAUUCUGCGUGCAUGGUUGCAGAAUGUGACAGGGGAAAUGCUGUUUCACUUUGGUGACAUUCUUUUUCUUAUGUUUAAUUGGCAGCAUCCGCUUUGUUGCAUCCCAGAAAGAACAUCAAGUGCCUGUGCUCUUUGUGUGGCUUCAUUUGUCAUUCAAGUCUGUUCACUGGCUGCGGCAGACAUUUUAAUGGAAAACCAUGUUGCAAAUAUGAAUCUCUUGUACAUUUUUAUGUUGUGUUUAUGUUGUUACUGUGCCAAAGGUUAAUUUUUGACAGAGACAUACAUACUGUAUAAUGUUAAACGAGGAGGAUUGAUCAGCUCAGCGGUGAGUCGGUGUGGAUUUCAGCUACAUUAAUCAGAAUUAUUUUCCUGUAAGUUACACAAGGAAACUCUGAAGACUGAUGGGCCUUGAAGGCAGCAAGAGCUCACUGACAGAUAAAAAAUAUAAAUCACACUUUUUAUUACACAGUCACAUAAUGCAGGGGAUGGCAGUGAGAGUGAUUUAAAGGAAAGUUUUUAGCUCUUAUUUCAUCACUUUGUACUCUCACUCAUGUUUACUUCAGGGCUGAUUGUAAGUCAUCUAUGUUAUCAUGAAAAUAAAUAGUAACACGUAGCAUAUUUCCCUGAUUUGUGGCUGUUAGAAACAAACACAAGUGUUUCCUGGUAACAAGUCACAGCAUGACCUUAAAGUCUAGCCUUGCUUAUAUGAUUAAACAUUUACACUCCAUUAUUAAUGCUCAUUUUUCAUAUUACUGCAUUAUGUAAACGUCAGUCUGAUAUUACCCAGAUAUACCCACAGCAGACAUUUUGGCCUGUCUGAGCAGGAAAAUCAAAAGUGAUUCUAAUAACAUUAAACGCUGUUCCAUGUAAAUGUCCCGGAGAGCCAGCAUACACAAAACAAAACCCUGGAACUGAUGCAUAUACAUGGAAUGCAGCUAUUUUGAAUUAAUUACACCUGUGCAUUUUCAACCAGAUUGAAACAAAUUUAUCAAGAAAAACAGUAAAACUAUAUUUUUUAUCAGAUAUCAGAUUAAAACUGCAUACAGACGAUCAUAAAAAUAUAUAGUGACGAUCCAUCGAUCCUUAACAAAUAUUCCAAGACAAAAUCUAAAUGCAAACUGUUGCAUGAAUUUCUAGACUGAAAAGGUGUGUGUUUGCAUAGAAGAUC